AUUUCAAGUAUUAUUUUUUCUUUAUUUGUUCCAUAUUAUAAACUUGAAGAUUGGAGUAACGUUUAAAUGAAUAACCAAUAAUUUUCUGAUCUGAAUCGCUUCGUUCAACUGAAAUAUACUAAAUGAUUAAGGAAUGUCCCUUGACACUCAAAAAUCUGCUGGAUAUUUGAAUUGAUGCUACAUGUGCAGCCACGGGCGUUUUUUCACCGGCCCAAAAAUUUGCGACAUCUGCAGCUCGUUGGAUGCACACAUCAAGGCUAUUUCGCACAGUAGGUAUCGCGCGCCCGUGAUACAAGUCAACUGCGUUGCACUUUCACUGAUAGCAUAAUAUAGGUAUUCAACGUGCGUUCUCGCCGCCGCGUUUAUCAAGAUCACUCGCCCAGACACUGCUCGGAUUUAAUCAUCAAGUAGAAUGCUUAUUAAUUCUGAGCCUAUCAUCGUCGCGUUGUAUCAAAGAUCGGUCUGCGGCACCGAACCAACAGUUGCAAAAAAUGUUGAGUUUUUUCAUGUUUCGAUAAUCUUAUUCGAAUGUUAACGCCAGCAGCCUGCAUCGUGCGCCGAUACGCAUUCUACGAGGCCGACAAGUCAAAAAGCAGCAGCACACGCAUUUGGCCGUUGCGUGCGCUCACUGCAGAAUCACGUCAUAUCGUAUGCACUAUGCAGUAUUAUCUGUAGCAAUUAUCAAGCUCGAAAUAUAUAAAUUUAGUGUAACAGGGUCUUGACUGUGACAGUUGAUACUAGGACAACUCGUAUUACGCUAUAGACUUGCAUCUUGAGGUUGGUGCAGAAUCAAACUACUAUAUAGAUAUAGUGUGCAUUAAUGAUAAAAGAGCACUGCUGCUGCCUUAUAAACAUGAUGUUAUAUAGCAGCCACAAGUAGUCGCUUUCAGCUUAGGAGUUGCAAAAUGAGCACGGCAAUUGUCUCAAAGUGAUGAGUCCCGUAAAAUUAUGCUGCAGCUCUCAGGGGUAGUUAUGAAUAUUUUUAUAACCAAUCUGUGAUUAUGAAGAAGCAGCUUGAAUUUCAUGGAUUUCAAGCAUGCUAAUUUAGUGCUACUAAGAAUGCAGCUAAAUACAGAUCAACAAACUGUGCCACCCAAUGUCUGCAUUGGUUUGGAUCAUGACCAUGGUACGACGAUUCCAAUAUCUCAAGGAUCAUCAAGUAAUUAUCCACCAAGAUCAUUGAUGCAUUAUAAUAUUAAUGUACCGCUGGAACAGUCAACAAUUACAGAAGUCAUUGACAGAACUGGAGCACCUCCAUCCUAUGAAGAAGUCAUUGAUCCAAAUGCUCCACCACCAUCUUAUGAAUCUUUAUUUGGACGUGUACGAGAAGCGCACAAAACUCGAAAAGGCAUAUUUGACUUUCUUCGUAAUAUUCUUUGUUUAAUAUUUGGAUCUAUUGGAUAUUCAAUAAUUUGGGGUAUAACUGUAGUGAUCCCAAUAUGUAUGAUGGUUAUUGGUGGAAUUUUCAUUUAUGAUUGUCCACAAGGAGAAUACAUUCCUGUUUAUUUACUAGUUGGAGGAGGACUUGGAGUUUUAAAGCAGAUGCUCCUUUUAUUUUCUAGAAUACGACAAUGUAGACAAGAAGAAAGAAUUAGACAAACUUCUACAGAAACAUUGAUCGAUUGUUUCAUGUUAGGAUGGUUGAUAAUAGGUUCAAUGUGGGUUUAUAAAGAAUAUAAACCAAAUUUUGAUCCAAGUAUAAGUAAACUGUAUUGCAACAAAACGCUUUAUUUAUUUGCUUUUUGGGUAAUAACAUCAACCUAUAUACUUUUAGCAAUAACAAUAUUUUGCAUUUGCAGUAUUUCUUUAGCAAGUGUAAUAUUCCAGUAAAAGUUGCAUUAACUUAAAUAUUUAAAAUUUUCAAAGUCAAUCAUUUAAAAAGUUUAGAAAUUAAUAAUAAUGUUAGUUUUUAAAACUGAUAUAACACACACUCUAAAAAUGAUAUCAAUAGCUAUGCAAUAAACAUCAUAAAAUAUUUAACUAACAAGUAUGUUUGAUUGUUGAAAUCAAAAAAGAUAUAUUUAAAAUAAAACUAAUGAUAAACAUGGAUAUCCAACUUUACAAAAUAUUAAAAUAUAAUUGUAAAAUGGAUAGUCCAUAUUUAACAAAUCCAAAAAUUAUAGCUUUUGUGAAUAUUGACAAUCAUUAAGUAACAUGAUUUAUAUUACAUUUUCUACUGACCAUAAAAAUUGAAUACAUUGCAAGUAUUGCAACAAUGUUUGAGACAUUUUUAAAAAAAUAUUGUAGUUUAUGUUGUAAUAUAUAAAACAAAUGUUGUGUGUAUUAUUAUAAUCACAAGAAUGAAUGGAGACUGUGAACAGUUGACAGUUUGGAAGAGAUGUCCAAAAUUAAAGAAAAAAGGGAACACAAAUCAUAUAGUCAACUAGCUGCUGUGCUAGUCAUCAUGAACAAAUUGUGUAAAAAUAGGAAUUUUCAUUGGUAGAACUUUCCUGCAAUUAUUUAUCUACAACUGUAUAUUGUUAAAUAGGAUAGAAGACUGCACAAAUUUAUCGCACCGCCCUUGGUUGUCUUUUCACUUGAGUAUUGUUUUUGCAAUACCUUUUGCAAAAACUUUCUGCCAUUAAAAAGUAAAAAGUUUUUUGAAAAAUGCAUUUAUAUAGGAUAAGUGAACAUUUCUGAGUCAUAUAUUUAAAAUUAUGAGAGAAUACACUUUAUUAAGAGUUUUUUUGUGAUAAAAAUAUGUUUGUUAAAUAUAUUAACUCAUUAAAAUUAGAUUUUUUAAUUUUUUCAA